AUGGCCUCGAAAAACACCGUUCUACCUCUGUUGAGGCGUGAACUCCGAUCUACCUCUCGAUUCUCACGAUGCUCCUCCAUCCCCGCCAUUGCCACCCCGGCUCGUCAACAGACGCAGUCUAGAGCCUUUGGCACACGGUUAGCGCAGCGCACAACACUCUUCCAACCAACCCAGACCCGCGCCUUUUCGCAAUCCCUAUCAAAACGCUUCACCGACGAGAAUGGUGACUUUGAUCCUCGCUCAUUGGAGCGCGAGUCAGAUGACGUGGACGUAUGCAUCGUCGGUGGUGGUCCCGCCGGUCUUGCCGCCGCCAUUCGCUUGAAGCAGCUUGCCAACGAGGCAGGAAACGAGGAAUUCCGUGUUAUUCUGUUGGAAAAGGCUGGUGAACUGGGUGCCCAUAUCGUUUCCGGAAAUGUUUUACAGCCAACCGCCCUCAAUGAGCUGCUUCCCGACUGGCUAUCUGAGGAUAACCCCUCGCGCUUCGAGGGAGCGACCCCCGCCAAGGGUGACAAGAUGCGCUUCUUGACUAAGAACGGCUCCUACCCCCCUCCCUACCCCACCACAGAUUGGUUGGGCGAGCGUGCUGAGGAGGUUGGUGUGGAGGUUUACCCUGGGUUCGCGGCCAGUGAGAUGGUCUACAGCUCGGAUGGUGCGGUGAAGGGUGUUGCGACAAAUGAUCUGGGACUCGGUCGGGAUGGCAAGCCCAAGGAGACCUUCGAGCGCGGAAUGGAGUUCCAUGCCCGUGUGACGCUUCUCGCUGAGGGCUGUCAUGGCAGUUUGACCAAGCAGGUCUCGAAGAAAUAUGAUCUCCGACGCGACAGCCAGCCACAGACAUACGGUCUUGGAAUCAAAGAGAUCUGGGAGAUCCAGCCUGAGAAGUUCCGCUCUGGCGAGAUCACUCACUCUAUGGGAUAUCCCCUCCCCAAAGACACAUACGGUGGAGCAUGGAUGUACCACUUCGGCGACAACAUGGUGAGUAUUGGCCUGGUGGUCGGACUGGACUACCCGAACCCGUGGCUCUCCCCUUACGGAGAGUUCCAGAAGAUGAAGCACCACCCGAUGUUCAAGGAAGUUCUCGAGGGCGGCAAGUGCAUCUCAUAUGGUGCCCGAGCCCUGAACGAAGGUGGUUUCCAAUCAAUCCCCAAAUGUGCCUUCCCCGGUGGUGCCUUGAUCGGUGACACUGCUGGCUUCUUGAACGUACCCAAGAUCAAGGGCACUCACACUGCGAUGAAAUCGGGUAUGCUGGCAGCCGAGGCCACUUUCUCAGCACUCCAGAGCGAGAAUGAAGGUACCGUUUUCCUGUUCGACUACGAGAAGUCUCUACGGGACUCGUCUAUUUGGAAGGAGCUGUCUGAGGUCCGUAACAUCCGGCCUUCAUUCAACUCUCCGCUCGGUUUCUUCGGUGGACUCCUCUACUCCGGUCUGGAAGCCUAUAUCUUCAAGGGUCGCGUACCUUGGACUCUCAGCCAUCACGGCACGGAUGCCGCAGCUACCAAGCCCGCGUCUGAAUAUGAAAAGAUCGAAUACCCCAAGCCAGAUGGCGAGAUCAGCUUCGACAUUUUGACUAGUGUGAGCCGCACAGGCACCAACCACGAGGAGGACCAACCCGUUCAUCUGCAGGUGGAGGACUGGGAUAAGCACAAGGACAUCGCCUGGCCCAAGUACAAGGGUGUGGAAAACCGGUUCUGUCCCGCAGGCGUCUACGAGUACGUGGAGGACCCGAGCAAGGAGCACGGAGUCCGGUUCCAGAUCAACGCUCAAAACUGCAUCCACUGCAAGACUUGUGACAUCAAGGUGCCUACGCAAGAUAUCAACUGGCAGACGCCCCAAGGUGGAGAAGGACCCAAAUACAUGCUGACCUGA